CACGAGGGGAGAAUUCUUGUCCCUGUUUACGACUGGGCUUCGUUUCUUGGACAAUACUUCAGAAAGUUGCCAAAUAUAAAGAGCUACCACCAUUUUCGUUUUUCAAAGGAAAUCCCUGGAAAAGUGUAUUUCAAGGAGUUUGUAACAAGCCCUGAACAAUCUUUUGUGUUCCUAAAGAACAAUGCGAGUCUGCCACCUCCAACAACCCUUCCUCGUAUGGUCAGUUCUGAAGGGCUUACUGAGGAAGGAAAGAACUACCUUUACCGCAAGAUUAGACAAUUUUUAAACCAGGGACUGAGGAUAUUGAGGAUAUUAUUGUAG